AUGGACAAGACAUAUCUGCCAAUUCUGACGCGACUCCUCGAUGACCAAGAGAGUGAUGAGAGGGAAAAACAGCAACUUCUACAAGAGUUUCAGGACAUUGUGGGGGUUAUCAUCCUUCUUGCUGUUCCGCUUUCUACAAGCACACUAUCUCGACUUCUUGAGAUAGAAGUGGACCAGAUCAGCAAUCGAUUGGAUUCCUUUCGGUCGGUUCUUAACAUCCCGAACGACAAAAACCAGCCUGUCAGAAUUCUGCAUAUCUCAUUUCCGGAUUUUCUGAUCCAGACUACAACCAAGUUUCGUGUGAAUGCGCCAACGAAGCACAAAGACGUUACAAAAUUCUGCCUGAGGACUAUGCGGCGUCUUCUACAGAGAGAUAUCUGUAAUCUAGUAGACCCUGGAGCGCGUAGGGCAGAGAUCGACCCUCAGGAUAUCCGCCAGUAUCUAACGUCGGAGUUGCAAUACUCCUGUCGCUUCUGGGUGCAUCAUCUCAAAAAUAGCCACCCUUUAUCUUCGAACAUAGAAGACGUGCGGUUGUUCCUCCAGAAACAUUUUCUUCAUUGGAUGGAGGCGAUGAGCCUGCUGGGUCUUAUAUCAGAGGUGAUGGAUAUGCUCGACAUUCUCCGAAUGAUGGUGCCAGAUCAUAAUGACAACACGAGUCUGGCCGCCUUUCUACAUGAUGCAAAGCGGUUUGUUCUGAAAAAUCGACAGAUAGCCGAUGAAGUGCCUCUUCAAAUUUAUUAUGCAGGAUUGGUAUUUGCACCUCGAACGGCUAUAAUUCGCGAGCAGUUCCAAUCAGAGCUUUUUGAUUGGGUCUGCCGCUUCCCAGAAGCUCCGGAAACCUGGAGUGCAGAAUUGCAAACACUUGAGGGCCAUACAGGUUUCGUUUGGUCCGUGGCCUUCUCACCCAAUGGCCGGCUGCUGGCGUCCGGCUCAUUCGAUAAGACCAUACGGCUCUGGGACCCAGCCUCGGGCGCCCUGCAGCAGACACUCGAGGGCCAUACAGGUUGGGUUCAGUCCGUGGCCUUCUCACCCGAUGGCCGGCUGCUGGCGUCCGGCUCAGAAGAUACGACCAUACGGCUCUGGGACCCAGCCACGGGCGCCCUGCAGCAGAUACUCGAGGGCCAUAGAAGUCCUGUUGAUUCCGUGGCCUUCUCGCCCGAUGGCCGGCUGCUAGCGUCCGGCUCAUUCGAUGAGACAAUACGGUUCUGGGACCCAGCCACGGGCGCCCUGCAGCAGACACUCGCACCCGAGGACCAUACAGGUUGGGUUCGGUCCGUGGCCUUCUCACCCGAUGGCUGGCUGCUGGCGUCCGGCUCAUUCGAUGAGAUAAUACGGCUCUGGGACCCGGCCACGGGCGCCCUGCAGCAGACAAUCAAGGGCUAUAUAGGCCCGGUUCACUUCUCACCCGAUGGCCGGCUGCUGGCGUCCGGCUCAGACGAUAAGACAAUAGGGCUCUGUGACCCGGCCACGGGCGCUCUGCAGCAGACACUCAAGGGCCAUACAGGUCUGGUUCAGUCCGUGGCCUUCUCACCCAAUGGCCGGCUGCUGGCGUCCGGCUCAAAAGAUAAGGCAAUACGGCUCUGGGACCCAGCCACGGGCGCUCUGCAGCAGACACUCGAGGGCCAUAUAGGUCCGGUUCAGUCCGUGGCCUUCUCGCCCGAUGGCCGGCUGCUAGCGUCCGGCUCAUUCGAUAAGACAAUACGGUUCUGGGACCCAGCCACGGUCGCCCUGCAGCAGACACCCGCACCCGAGGGCCAUAUAGGUCCGGUUCAGUCCGUGGCCUUCUCGCCCGAUGGCCGGCUGCUGGCGUCCGGCUCAGACGAUAAGACAAUACAGCUCUGGGACCCAGCCACGGGCGCUCUGCAGCAGACACUCGAGGGCCAUACAGGUCCGGUUCAGUCCGUGGCCUUCUCACCCAAUGGCCGGCUGCUGGCGUCCGGCUCAAUCGAUGAGACAAUACGGCUCUGGGACCCAGCCACGGGCGCUCUGCAGCAGACACUCGAGGGCCAUACAGGUUUCGUUUGGUCCGUGGCCUUCUCACCCAAUGGCCGGCUGCUGGCGUCCGGCUCAUUCGAUAAGACAAUACGGCUCUGGGAUCCGGCCACGGGCGCCCUGCAGCAGACACUCGCACUUAAGAGCCAUAGAGGUUGGGUUCAGUCCGUGGCAUUCUCACCCAAUGGCCGGCUGCUGGCGUCCGGCUCAUUCGAUAAGACAAUACGGCUCUGGGACCCGGCCACGGGCGCUCUGGAGGAAAUACUGUGGCAACCCUAUCCCUAG